AUGGCACGUCGAUUCGAAGACGAGACGUCCGCCUUAGCAGAGCAGCUGGCGGAGAUCGAUCGCUACCCUCAGAACGAUAAAGGCAGACAUCGGGAGGAUGUUCCUCUUGAUCACAAUAAGGCAACCGCUUUGUUCCAAGAAGAAGAGAAAGCAAUGAUCGAUUAUGUUGCUGGUCUGAUGCUGUCGUCAAUGCGUUUGGCAGAGAUGCCUGCGGAUUCUCCUACGAUUGAUGAUAUUGGCCGGGGCGAGUAA